GCGGGCCGGAGCCGAGCCGGGUGGGCGGUGGGCAGGCAGGGGCCACGGCUGGAGGCAGCUGUGGCCUGGGGCGACCGGAACAGCAGCGGCCCGAGCUUUACCUAGUCGCGGAUUCGCGACCUGCGCGUGCACCCCGCGCUCUGCGGGCUGCUCUCCGCGGACUAGCGCAGCUUACGCGCGCCGAGCCUUUAUCACUCUCAUCCAUUCCAUCCGCGAGCUGGGGCUGCGCGAGCCUCCGGACUUGCUUUCCCCGCCCCGCUGAUCCUUCCUCCACCCCCUUAGCCUGGGCCCCAGGAGCCCAAGCGAACAGCUGCGGAGCAUCCUUCGCCCGCCCUGGCCGCGCCACCGCCCAUGCUACGGCCAGUUCCGGACAGCAGCCCUGCAGCGGGAGCCCGUCGCUCAGUGACCACAGCCUGGCCCCUGCGCGCCUCUCAAGGCAACCCCGCUGAGCCCCGGGCCCCGGUGCGGGACCCGCGCCCCGCGAUGGCCCGGCUGGCGCAGCGCUGCGCCGGGUGCCCGACUUCUGCCCGCUGAGACGCGCCUGGCUGGGGACCGGCUGAGCUUUGGGGCUCCACGCUGCUCCCUUCCCUGUUCUGGGGGCUCCGCCGCAGCUUCCCGGGAGCGAGGGACCAGGGGUCUGAGACAAAGCCCACUUUGUGCGAGGAGUUGGCCGCGGGCGUGGAAUGUGCGUGUCGGCGCAUGUCCCCUCCCAGCGCCCAGCCAGCUGCGAGUUUUGGCUCCCCAACUCAUCGCGGCGAAGAAAUCGCGCCCCCUCGCCGCCUUCCAGUCCGGGGAUCCCAGCUCAGAGCUGAUGCGGCCUGAAGUAGCCUUGGUCUCACCCGCGAGCGCGCGCAGGUGUCAGCGUGCGAUAUUUUGUAAAGGAAGUUGUUCUAUCCAAAACUGGGACCUGGGGAGCCCAGUCGGCGUCAGCACCUGUGCCUUGACCCUCUGUGUGGCCACAGGUCUGAGCUGUCUGGCCUCAGUUUCCCUCCGACUUUCCUCUCUGCAAGCCCAGACUGCUGCCUGUCAUUGUUCUCGCUGUCAAAUGCGGGUGAUUGCUGAAGGCUGCCAAGUUGGGGUGUGUUCUCUUUAUGCCGCUUUCCAAACAGAACGAGGCCUCUAAGGCUGACCUGGGACAAGCAACCCCCUUCACCCACCCCCUACUCAUAUUGAGGCACUGAUUUUUUUUCUUUGAGUAGUAUUUUAUUGUACCGGAGCCACGCCCUAGUUUCUUAAAGGCGCCUUGCACACUGUUUAGCCAUGUGUUAUAACUACAGCUGGUGUGUGGGAGGCCUCCUGUGAACCAUCUAUUUUUUUCCUGCUUCCUGAUACAUUCUUCAACCCCCAUCAAGGAUUUGGGGAUGCCAGGGAAGAAGGUGGUCGGGGGUGGCAGCAGCUGUGCUGCCACCACUGUCGUCGCUGCCGUCCCUUCUGGGGUCAGACGUUUGGAGACCAGCGAAGGAGCCUCAGCCCAGAGAGAUGAUGAGCCAGAAGAGGAAGGAGAAGAGGACCUACGAGAUGGAGGCGUCCCCUUCUUUGUCAACCGGGGUGGGCUGCCUGUGGACGAGGCCACCUGGGAAAGAAUGUGGAAACAUGUGGCCAAGAUCCACCCAGAUGGAGAGAAGGUGGCCCAGAGGAUCCGUGGGGUGACGGAUCUGCCCAAGGUCCCCAUACCGACUGUGCCUACGUUCCAGCCCUCCACCCCUGUCCCUGAGCGCCUGGAGGCCGUGCAGCGCUACAUCAGGGAGCUGCAGUACAAUCACACAGGGACCCAGUUCUUUGAAAUUAAGAAGAGCAGACCCCUCACAGGGCUGAUGGACCUGGCCAAGGAAAUGACCAAAGAGGCUCUGCCAAUCAAAUGCCUGGAAGCUGUGAUCCUGGGAAUUUACCUCACCAACAGCAUGCCCACCCUGGAACGCUUCCCCAUCAGCUUCAAGACCUACUUCUCAGGGAACUACUUCCGCCAUAUUGUGCUGGGGGUAAACUUCGGGGGCCGCUAUGGGGCCCUGGGCAUGAGCCGGCGGGAGGACCUGAUGUACAAGCCGCCGGCCUUCCGCACACUUAGCGAGCUCGUGCUGGACUACGAGGCUGCCUACAGCCGCUGCUGGCACGUGCUGAAGAAGGUAAAGCUGGGCCAGUGCGUGUCCCACGACCCACACAGUGUGGAGCAGAUCGAGUGGAAGCACUCCGUUUUGGACGUUGACAGGCUGGGCCGCGAGGACUUCCGCAAGGAGCUGGAGCGGCAUGCCCGCGACAUGAGGCUCAAGAUUGGCAAAGGGACCGGCCCUCCCUCCCCCACCAAGGACAGAAAGAAGGAUGUGUCCUCCCCUCAGCGGGGCCAGUCCAGCCCCCACCGCAGGAACAGCCGCAGCGAAAGGAGGCCUUCGGGUGAGAAGAAGCCUUCUGAGCCCAAAGCCAUGCCAGACCUCAACGGGUACCAGAUCCGGGUAUAAGGCGAGGUGGGCAGCAGCAGCCCAGCCUCACCCACUUCUGGGGGCCAGGAUCUGCCUGCCAGAACCAGCCUGGCUCUUGGGGAAGGAGGGGCUGGUGAGAGGCCAGGGAGAAGGGCAGCAGGAAGAGUGUGUUCCAGCCCAGCUACCCAAGCUAUUGCCUCUCCCACUGGACCAAGCUCCCUAACUUUGGGCUGCGAAGCAGUUAGUAUUUUAUUUGGAGUUUGUAACUUGACAACUAAAGUUUACGAGAUUUUGAAAACUGUUGGAUCUGCCAAUGACUGGCAGGCCAGUGCUUAGAAGAUAUAACUGCCAUGGGGCUGGGUGAGGAGGGGUUGCUGGUUCUGCUGGUGCCCCUGGCCCUGGCAUCUGGGAUUUGGGUCCGUCCCAUGUAUGAGAACUGUCCCGGCCCACCAGGCCUGGGGCAGGACGGGAGAGGGGUGGAGGUAUUUCUUCACUUCCACCUGCCCCGGAGGCAUCUUGACCCAGGGAAAGGGAAGCGUGGUAUGAAGCAUUCUGGGAGAGGUCUGUGUGGCCCAUGUCAGGAGCUUGACACAGGCCACAUCUACUCAAGAGCAGGCCCCCAUGGCCCAGGAGAGCUCUCACGCCCUUGUGGCCCCAUGGACAAACAGUGCCGUGGACUGACACGGCCCACUGGCACGCCCUGUGAGGGGGGCUGUAGGGAAGCCCAGGAGAGAACCACUGGGGGAUGAGUUCCCAGGCCCCUACCUCAUCUUGCUUAGCCCAGCUCUGCCCGUUGCUGAAACUGGGGCUCCCUGCAGAGGGGCUCGGCUUUGCGAGGGCCCAGACUUUACACUGGAUUCAGUGUGACUGUGGGGGUUGAGCAGAGCUGGCAUGUCCAGGAACUGUGGCUGGGGACAGGGUGGGACACUCACGCCUGGGUCUGUUCCCAGGCAGUCCUCGGGGGUUAGGCACUACUCCGCCCCCUUUACCAUCACCUCAGCCCUAGCUGUGGAAAUGAAGACCAGACCAGGGAGGUUUGUGUCCCAGGCUCACCUCUCCUCAUUUAGUAGCCUGUUUAGGUUUGGGGGUCCCAGUGAUGAUCAGGCUGUUGCAUAUGACUCAUCAGGGAAGAACAUGAACAGCUGGAGUCAGCGCAGCCUGCCCAUCACGCAGGAGAGACCUGGAAGGCAGGUGACAGGUCGUAGAGAGGUUGGUGGGACUGAGGGAAGGUUCUGGAGGUUCACACAACAAGGGAGUGUAAGGAAAGGGUGCAGUGUGGCCCCUGAAUUGGGGCAGAGCCCAAGAACUGAGGGGUGUAAGUGAGAAAAGGAUGCGGGGGAGAGUUUAGCAUCAGGCUGCCUUUGGGAGUAGUGAGUUUCCUGUUGCAGGAGGUAAUCAAGCAAAGACUAGAUGGCUACUUGUCAGGAAGCUUUUGAGAGGAUUCAGAUUAUGGAAGGGUAGCUGAACGGGAAGCCCAUUAAGCUUUCUUUUUACUAAGAGGCUAAGAUUCAGCCAGGGGCAGUUAUCUGUAAGACUGCACAGGGGCUGGGAGCUUGGAAAAGGGAGGAUUAGAACUAGAGUUGUAAACUCAAAUGCGUUACAGGGCCAGGCAGAUGAUUAAAAGGAGCACUGCAGGGCUGGGUAGGGACUGCAGCAAACUAAGAGGGCAUACACCCCAUUAAAGGGGCCACUGCUGCUUAGCUGCUCAGAGUAUAAGCUCUGCAUUGCCAGAUUGUCUGAUUUUUUUCAGAGGCCAAAACUCUGAAUUUUUUUUAUGUGAAAUAUCCUGAUUUUUAAAUGUUGGCAAUCAGUUCAGGAAAUUUAAAAAACCAACACGAAGAGAAAAAGCCAGUUUGUAAUCUCUGAAGUAGAGAGAACUUGUGCUGGGAAGAAGCCCACUGAUAUGCUUUGAGGUGGGAACUAUGGAAAGUUCCAGGCUUCCCAGAGUAGGCUGGGCCACAACAGGGGCCUCACUGCUGAGGCUCCCAGAGUGGGCAGUGGCCCCAUGUUCAUCCUCCUCAUUCUCCCUGCAGACCAGAGACAUACCAGAGAUGCCCUGGCCUUGUCCCGUCACCAGAGGAGGUGGAGUGGAGUGGAGAGAGUAUGUUCUCAGCCUGCCAGGGAGAUGGAUGGUGCAUGGGAAGCAAGGAAAGAGGGAGGGAGACAAGGUGCCUUUGCUGAUGCCCAUUGGUGAAGGCACCAAGGUCUGGCAGCUCUUCAAACCAGCAGCUCUUGGCCCAGAGCAAGGCCCAGCAGGGUGACCAGUUGGUCAGUCCCUUGGGUUCCUCGUGGGUCACUAGGCCCUGGGGAGGUGCUUUACCUGUCCCCUGGGCAACACUCGACCAGAUCAAUCCAAGACCCAUUGUAACUCCUGACUCACCAUCCCAUCCCAUCCCAGUUUUCAGGGAGUGGGGGGGUGGUCCCCAUGUUCCCACAUUCACCUGAGGCAGAGAUGGCUCACUUUUGGGAGGCAUGAGGCUGAAAGUGAGGGCUUUCGUGGAUCUAGAUAAGGGUGCCUCGUACAGACCGCUCAUCAUCAGAGACGGGGACCCAGGCGCCCCUGUGGACCACCGGGCUAGAAGGGAAGAGAUGUAAAAAGGAGCUGGGAGCUUGGGUCAGGAAAACAUGGGGAAGCUGCUCUUACUACAGGAGCCUAGAAGGAUGCUCCAACACGCAGGUUCCUUCCCCAAAACCCUCUGGAGAAAGAAGCAGAAUGAAGUCCCAACUCUCAUUGCUGUCUGCGAGGGAGGGAGCUGAUCACCUCAAGCUGAUAAUCCCCAGGCACUCCCCAUCCUAGCUGAGACCUUGGGCCUGUGGAGACCACCACAGGCUACAGUGGUGCUUUUUAAUUUAUUUUUAGCUUUUUCAUAUGUAGCAACCCCUCCUCCCCUCCUGGGCAUGUUUACACAGGCUCUGCUCCCUGGGCUGGCCUGGCUGCAGAGUUUCUGGGGAGGCAGAGAGGCAGGGAUUUUGGGGCCUUAGUCACCAUCCUCAGUAUCACCUCAUCUCAUUUCCUGUGAGGGACAGGGGUCUGGCUCCACCUCACUCAGGACUACCUUCCAGCUCUCAGCCUGGGCUCCUCUGCCCCUAGGGUGGGGGCUGCUAGCUGAGGAAGGGUCAAGGUGAGGUCAGAGAAAGCUGCUGGAUGAAGGUGGGUCAGGAUGGGGUGUGAUUGCUUCCCAAAGCAUGAUUCCUUGCACUUGGUGCUGGGUCAGAGUGCUGGGAAGCUGGAUUUAGAGAGCCUGCCCACCCACCCACCUGCCCAUCCUCUCCUUCCCAUGGCCUCAACACAUAGUCACCCUCACCCAUCGUGCCAGCCACUCCAUCCUUCCUGGGCCUGGCCAAGUGGGGAGAGCAGUUGCCACAGCCCCAGGUGCAAUGAUGAAGCCUAAGGCCAGGGUUCUGAGGAGCAGAGGGCCCAGAGGGGCCAUGUCUGCUUUCUGGCCCUCUCUGUCAACUCAUGCCCCACCCCUUCCAGCUGGGACUUGUCUUCCUGGCUCUGGAACAGGUCUAAUUCUGGCUAGUAACCCGCCCGGAGGCCUGUGUGCACCUGGGUCUCCUGCCUGGGUUGUUCUCUAGUUUAGCUACAGCAGCAUCCCCAGGCCCUCCCUGGCCUCGGCGUGCAGGGAGGUGUGAGCUGGGCCAGCAUAUUGACUGCAUUCUUCGUGUCAGAGCUCCAGUGUUGACAUCCCCAUUUCCCUUGUUCCUGGGAGAAAUCUGUGUGAAGGGCAGGGAGGUCCUUGGAGGAGUAUGGGGUGGGAGCGGGGAGGUCUGCCCCAGGCCAGGCCUGGCUGUGGUGGUGCUAGCUGUAGGUCUAUCUGCACUGACCCCUGUCGCCCCAUCUCGGUGCUUCAGAGUCCCAAGUAUCCCUCUUCCUUCAAAUUCGAGGAAAGAAGAGACUGGGCGUGCUUGGCCCUGGGCCCGGUGAGGGCUGACUGCCCCCUCCCUCGAGUUUGUGUUGGGCUAUGUGUUGUUCUAGAUUUUGUUCUUUCUCCUCUUCUCAUAUCAGUAUUGCACCUCCCCUUUUCACUUUUACACUUUGUCUCAUUCUUGUUCUCACUUUUCUUCCGAAAUGAAUAAAGCCUCCCAGCUCUGGUUCUGUGGGCUGGACAGAAACCAUGA